UUUUAUUCUCUAUAAAGUUCCUCUAAUUUUUGUUUCUCAUUGUCACAAAAUCUAUCUCUAUUAACUCAAAACAAAACAAACAAACAAAAUGGGCCAAUCUCUGAAGAAAUUAUCAUCUGGAACUGAUGAAAAGAAGGCUAAAGAACUUGGUCCUAUUAUAAAUGAAUUAUAUGACAAAAAUAUUAAAAAUGCGUCAAAAGACUUCCCUGAUUUCUACAGAGGAGUAUGCGAAAUUGUCGAGGAACUUAAUAAAAAGCUUGGAUACACCCAGUUCAAACUCCCAAAAACGGAUGAACUUGAGAAGGCAUACAAUGAACAUCACAAUGAGAAAGACAAGGUAUUAACAAAAGAAGAAUUCCAAGAUAUCAUGAAAGAGAUGGUUAAGAAAUCAGGAUUCACAGGUGUGGGAGCAAAAGAAGCACUUUUGUACAUCUUUGGUGUUCCUGUGACUGCUCUCUUUAUUAAGCAGAGAGUCAUGCCUCAAGCAAUUCCAAAUGAAUUUUUCAUUCCAGGAAUCACUUCUGUUACUGUUUUAAUUCUUGCAGCACUUAACAAAAUAUGAUAUAUUGUAACCAACCUAGCAACAACAAUGUAUUUGCUUGUAACCGAAAUGUGAUCGCACUUUGUACCGCUAUAGACCUCUAUAUAUACAUAAAAAUUUCGACAGUUGACACAGACGUUUA